ACGACAUUGUCAAAGUUGACAAAAGACGAAAACCACUGACGUCACUUUUGCCCGAAUUUGUAUAUUUAAAUAUUAUAAUAAUUUAAGAGAACUACGAUUACAUUUACCAUUCAUUAAAAAAUGGCAGACCCUAAAUACGAAAAUUUACCAGGCAUAGCUUACGACCAGCCUGAUGUAUAUGAAACCGGCGACUUGCCUGAAGCCGAUCAGCAGGAGCCUUUUGAAGAAGAAGAGAACGAAUGUAUCGAAACCCUUCACUUGUCUGUGAAAGAUUCUUUCAAUAACUUCAAAGGGAAGUUUUUGACUGGUGCAGUAGAUUUCUCUGACCGUUUGAGCAGAAAAAGUAGGAUUGGAUACAGGGCUGGUGAAUACGAGCUGGCAGCAGAAGGAGAACCGGAGACAGUCUUGGAGCGCUACAACAGACUGCGCUGCGAGUUCUCAGACUUGCUGGAGCAAGUGGCUGAACAGCAGAAUAAGGCUACGGAGAGUGAGAAGGACGAGUAUUCCCGCCUGGCGACUCAAAUAAACGCGACCAAGAAGAUUCUGGAAGAGCUGAAGCUCGAGGAAGGUGAACAUGUCGACCCUACGGCUGAAAAACUCAAGGAGUACUUGGCUCAGGGCGGUAAGAAGAAGCAACCGGGCGUAGCGACCGCUAGUCUCAAGCUGAAGCCGGAAGUCAACCUCGCGCAGACCACGCGCAUCGCUCAGCUGGAACACAGGUUACACAAGUUGGAGCAGGCAGCCGGCGUAAGGGACGAAGAGGCUUUCCGAAGACUGCAAGCUGCAACCGGAGAGGCGACGCUAUGCGGCGCGGCCGCUACACUAGCGGCGCAAACCGCCCUGCUGCGGCCCGCGGAGCUGGCGGCGGCGGACGCCCGCGCCGCCUCGCUGCUCGCCAACGUCGAGGCCAUCCGCGCCGCCCGCCCCUCCGACCCCGAGCUCGACGCCAAGGUCAACGAGUUAUACAAAUUAGUGCAGCAGAUCGACGGGAUAUCACAUUCAGAGAUCCUUGAGAGAAUGGAAGCCCUGGAAUCUCUCCACAACCAAGCGAGCAAUUUCGGCAAAUCCUUGACGGAGCUAGAAACGCUACAGAGCACCAUCGCGUCCGGCGUUAAAAACAACAAGGAACUCUUGCAGGGCGUACAAGAGGUUUUCGCGCACAACAUCGACAGCCUUCAGAAGGAGAUCAAAAAACUGGACGACCGCAUCGGCAAGCUCACCGCGUGAUGAGGCGGCCGCGGGGUUACAAUGGCAACUAUUGUUUAAAUUUACUUAGUAAAGGGGCUUCUAGAGUCCGUGUAAGCUUCUGCAGUGACUUGGCAAGCGACAGUGUGGAAGAGCCACUCGAAAUCCCUAUGAAUAUAUUGCGGGCUGUACACACUACACACUCGUCGAGAGCCUCUCGGCACCGCUCCGAUCCAAUUGGAGAGGCGGGAGACGAGACGAGUAAGAGCGAGAGUAGAAGGGCGCAGUAUGUACACACUCGUUCUCGGCCUGUCUCGGGGUGUCUCGACGAGUGUGGACAGUCGGCAUAGAAUUUUAUAUCUACCACGCAUUGUCGCUGCGUAUUCGAUGCAAAACAAUUUUCUGAGGUGUUUUUUAAGCUUAAAUCCCUAAUCAAACAAAAGGUAUUGUUUCUUUUAUGCAGUGGUUACUAUUCUGACUCAGUAAUAAGUGAAAGGGAACAAGCCCGUUAAAAAUCAAUGUUACCAUCCUAUUUAUAUGUUUCAAAUUCAUGUCACAGCUCAUUCGUUUAGUUUUUUCAAAAAAAUAGCCGAAUGCGGGCGGCCGAUCAUUCUACAUCACCCAAGCGUGUUAUCUCCGAAUGAGCUGUCACAUAAAUUUUAACCUUAAUACUAUCACGAUACGGUUGCUUUUUAAACGACAUUGUUGCUUUGGACACGUGCCGAAGACGGGAGCUGACGGCUCUGCAUAAGAGACAAAAUCUUUUCUUUAACAUAUUAAGGUUUAUGCCCAAAAAAUCACUUCAGAAAAUUUCUACAAUACUUGAGUCACUUACUGCAAAAAGAAGCGGGUAACUAAUGGGUGAUUUACUCUUAGUUAAUUAAAAAUAUAGCCCGUCAAAACGCACCUACAGAAAUUAUAUUACAACAAAAAUAAAGUUGCAAUGCGGCUAGAUACUCCCGGUUAAUUUAUAAAUUAGAUAUCAGAAUUGAAUUAAUGUAUCAUUCAAUGUUAAAUUGAAAUAUAAAAAUAUUGUUGCUCGUUGUAAUCUAAGUCAGGUGUUACCAUAUUUACUUACAUCCUAAAAAUAGGUAAUUAUUUUUGGGCUUAUUGGCCGCCGACGCAUUUAUUUACAUAAAUGGUGGCAUGGCCCUCCAUAAUUCUGAUUUAUUUACUUUAGACAUUAAAGAAUAUAACAUAAUAAGAUAUUCCGAAAAAUUAUCACCAUUAAUAUACCGUAAAAUUAUUCAAUGUUAGUAUGUCUCACAACAGUUUAAAUUCGACUAUUAGUAUACUUAAUUAAUAAUUUUGAACGCCACUGUCAUGUAUUAAAUAUAUUAAAAACGGGUCACUCACGUAUAAUAUGUACGUUCGUAUAUCACGUUUAAUAUGUCUGUGUCUCGCGGAAGUUUUGUUAUUAAUAAAGCCACUGUCAUGUCAUAUUAUCAUUAUCGUGACUGCCUAUUUAUGUAAAAUACACCUUGCUUGCUUGCUUAUGUAAAAUGCACUGCGAUUAAGUUGAUUUUUGUCUUCAGUUUAUUUGUUCUAUAAAUUAGGUAUAAUACAAGGUGCAGUGAGCAGUCAACUCUCCAGAAUAAACCAAGUUUCAAUAAAAUAUAAAGAUAUCAGCAUCAACGUGUGUUUGAAACUAUAAAAUGUAUUAUAAAUACUUCUCUACUUGAGCGUUUCUUUUAUUUUUUUGCCAAUUUUAUAUAUUGUGACAUUUUUUGCCACUUUUGUGUUAUUUCUAGUCAGGAUCGCGAGCCCUUUCCAUCCUUAUAGAAUAAAAAGUGUCCUAAAAUUUCAAUACAUUUUUCAACCGUCAUACAAAGUAGGUAUAUGGGAUAUGGGGAAAUGGUAACACAAUAGGAAAAGAACUCUGGGACAUUAUUUAUCCCAUUAGGAUCGAAAGAGCUCGUGAUUCUCAUUGUGAGUAGAAAUAACACAAAAGUGGCAAAAAAGGUCACGAUGUAUGAAAAUGGCAAAAAAUAAAAGAAACGACUCGAAUCAAGGACUUUUUUCUAAUCUUGACCUAUGAAUGAAAUUGUUUCUGUGUGGUAUUAAACGCUCAUUAUUUUUUAUCAAUGCUGUUGUAGUAUGUUAUAUCAGGAUAGAAUGCUUAAGAAAAUAAUUUAUUAUAAAGCAAUUUAUAAAGCUGA